UGUUCAGCAGGAGAGAGUGGAAGUGGAACCGGUCGGUGAAAAAAAAAAAAGGGGGAAGAAGCGACCAGGAGCUGAAACGUGGUGCAAAAACAGACAGACAAUCCGGAGCUUUGUGAAGCUUCUUCAGUGCGUCUCUGUGCACCGGAUCGAACCAGAUUAGCGGCUCUUGUGUGUUGUUGUUGUGGUUUUAUUUCUCUUUCAGCCGGAACUCGACAGCGGAAUGAAUGACCAAGACAAAGGUUGACGCCGCGUCCCUGACUCACUUCAUCUCGGCUAAGGAAAAGAGCAAAAUGGAAGCGGAAAGCGGCCAUGAAACUGGCGACGGCGCGCAGGAGCAGGCGCUGAAGCAGCAGGAGAAGAAGAAGCCGCACCGCGCGCCAUCACCCGCGAGACCUAAAGACGUGCCGGGCUGGUCCAUCACCAAGAUCCGGGGCGGGAUCGGGACACCGAGCCUCAGUGUGAAACCGGGCGCGAUCCAUAUCGGGAGCCGCGUGUCCAGGCGCAGCCCAGUCAGCGCGAAAGAAACAAAGGGUGAGAAGCCGGGGAAAGCACCGGGCAAACCCGCGCGGUGCGGACUCGGGCCGACAAAGAGCGGCGUGAAAUCCAGCAAGGCCGCGCGGAGGAAAGACGCCGGUGUCGCGCCCGACCGCCUGAGCAAAGACUCGGGCAAACUCUCGCCCACAGACAGCAGCUCCGAGCUCUCCGACUGCGCCUCGGAGGAGAACAAGCUGUCCACCGACGCGCUCAGCAGCGACACGGAAAGCAGCAGCCGCGGCGGCGGAGCCGAGACCGAACCCAUCAGCGCGCGCGGACUGAGUGACGGAGAGCGGCUCGGGCUGGGAGGAGACGCCGGGCAGGAGAGCGCUUCCCCGGGGGACGAGCGCUCCAUCACCUCGCUCGAUAGCCGGAUGCCCGCGAGCACAUCUUUGGCCUUCUCUGAUCUGAACGAGGAGCUCACGGACGGCAUGCAUGAGGAAUAUCUCCGCGAAAUCGAAGAGCUGAGGUCGGAGAAUGACUAUUUAAAGGACGAGGUUGAGGAGCUGCGCUCAGAGAUGCUAGAGAUGAGGGACAUGUACAUGGAGGAGGAUGUGUACCAGCUCCAGGAACUCAGGCAGCAGCUGGAGCAGGCCAACAAGACAUGUCGCAUCCUGCAGUACCGACUACGCAAGGCCGAGAGACGCAGCCUGCGCGUGGCUCAAACCGGCCAGGUGGACGGCGAGCUCAUCCGUACCUUGGAGCAAGAUGUUAAGGUGGCCAAGGACGUUUCCAUCCGCUUGCACAAUGAGCUGGACACAGUGGAGAAGAAGAGGAGUCGUCUGGAGCAGGAGAAUGAAGAGCUGCAAGUGAAGCUCCAGGACCUGGAGGUGGCCAAGCAAGUUCUGCAGGCCGAGUUGGAGAAGAGCCGAGAGAAUUCUCUAAAAAAGCGAGGUGCAAGGCCAAACAGCAAACCGGAUAAGAAGACGUCACCACAGCCUCCUGAGGACAGUUCUGACCUGAAGUGCCAGCUCCAUUUUGCCAAGGAGGAGUCGGCACUUAUGUGCAAGAAACUCACCAAGAUGGUGAAAGACAAUGAGGCGAUGAAAGAGGAACUGACCAAAUACCAUUCGCUCUAUGGCGACAUGGACACCACGCUGACCGUGGACGAGGUAGCCGACUCGCCACACACGCGUGAAGCCGAGGUCCGAAUUCAUCUGAAGCUGGUUGAGGAGGAAGCGAACUUGCUGAGUCGACGAAUAGUGGAGCUGGAGGUGGAGAAUCGUGGUCUCCGGGCUGAAAUGGAUGACAUGAAGAUUCAGGAGACCCCCGGAGGGCUUGCAGUUGCAACAGGAGUUGGGCAGCUGCUAAUUUCUCCUUCAGCUGAGAACGUUAUGGAGCUGCAGCGGCACCUGCAGUUUGUAGAAGAAGAAGCGGAUCUGCUGAGAAGGUCACUGAUUGAGAUGGAGGAGCAGAACAAGCUACUUAUGAACGAACUUAAUCGGUACAAGUCAGAGCUUCCUCCUGAUUCUGAUAUUGAGUCCUUGUCGCCCUCCACCAUCCUUCCUCCAUCCAUCACUCCUGGAGUGGCAGCUUCUGAAGAAGGUGCUCUAAAUGAGGCAUCCCAAGAAGAGCUCCUGGCAGCCAAGCUGCAAAUCAGUGACCUGAGCAGUAAGGUAAAGAAGCUCCAGUAUGAGAACCGCAUUUUGCUGUCCAACCUCCAGCGCUGUGACCUGGCUUCCAGACAUGCGGACAUUCGGCCUGCCCUGGAGACUGACGCAGAGGCAGGGGAUUCAGCCGAGUGCGUGCCCAGCCCAGAAUGCAAUGACGGCCCAAUGGAUGGUGAAGAGAACCAGCCUCUGGAGGACAAGGGUGAGAAAGUGGCAGAAAACAACCAUUCCCUUUCUGAUCAGUGCCUCAGCAUCAAAGAACUCUUGUCCAUCCGUGACCAGGCCCAACUAAUUACCUCAGCAAUCCAGCUCCUCAUGUCUACCGAUUCCAACUGUCUUCUCGCCGUCUCAUCAGACACAAUCUUACAUAAAAUUGCAGCGAGGGAACCUGGAGAAACUGGGUUCCUGGAGAAGAACCAAGUACAGAGCUCUAAUCUGCCUCUAGUUGAGGCCCUGCACAGUAGACUUCAGUCUCUGCAGGCCCAGCUGCAGGCGCUCAGUCAGCGGAUAGAGGUCUUGGGAGAGUCCCCUGAGAAUAAGCAUGUGAAGGAACUAUCAUCUGUGGCCCUAGUCUCUCAGUCAGCAGAGCUCGGCCCUGGAGAUACUCAGGUCAAUCAGAUCACGCUUCAACAGCAGCCCAACAUUAGGGACCGAACAGAUGUCAAAGGUCAAGACGCGCACCUGUGCAAAGCUGACGAGAGCAACGGCAAUACAGACAGCAACAAAGACCAUGUGACAGACUUGUCAGAGUCCGACUGUGCACUGCUUCUGGAGCAGGUUCAUGAGCUUCAGGCUCAGCUGUGUGAGGCAAAGGAGACGGCUGAGAAAACUCAGGAGGAGCUGGCACUGGAGACCCAAGCUCACCGGGAACACGCACAGUCCUGCUCCCAGAAACUCUGUCAGCUACAGGAGGAGCACAAGAAGGUGCUGGUGCGACAGGAUUUCCAGCUGCAGAGCAUGAGCCUGCAAACGCGGCUGCAGCAGAAGUUCUGGAGCCAGGAGAGGAAUGUCUUAGUGCAGGAGUCCCAGCAACUAAAGCAGAUCCUACUGCUAGUCAGCCUCAAGCUACGUUGGCUGCUCAAGCAGUGGAGACUUGGCAAGAAAUUUGAUGCAGAGGGCAAAGACAUGUUGCAGCUUAACAGCAUUAAGGAGCUUCACCUCCCUUUGGAGGACGAUGGCCUUGCCCCUCACCAUGGAGACAGCAAGAUGGCAGUAACCAAGGAGAGGCCACCAAGUCCCACAAACAAAGAUCGCAGCCUUUCUGAGAAUAACCUUCAGCAGGCUACUGGUUUGAGUGCGACAUUGUCCGACCUGAAGGUGGCUCUGCAGGAUCUGAGCACCGAGCUGCAAGAGGAGCGUCAGAGCUCUCAGGAGUUAACGCAGCAGUUUGCCCGAGCUAAGGCCUCCUGGGAGGUGGAGCGCACUGAGCUCAAAAGCCUCAUCACCCAGCUGGAGGGGAAGGCAGGGAAGAUGUCUGCAGCUGGUACUGACAUGGAUCCUCCAGAUCUGAAGGGGGCUCUGAAGAGGGAGCGUGAGGAGCACCAGCACCUGCUGGCAGACUCAUAUGCUGCACUGAUGGAUGUGACCAAGCAGCUACAGAUAAGCGAGAGAAACUGGAGCCGGGAGAAGCUGGAGCUUCUGGAGCAUUUUAAUCAGGAGAGGAACCAGUGGGAGCAGAGGCUCCAUGAUGCCCAAAGCAAGGGCACACAGUCUCUCAGUGGCAAGGGAGUAUCCACAGAUGCAACCGCAAAUGAAACAACCUUGCAGAGAACCCAACCAAUUUCCUCCUUGUCAGACCUUGAGAAUUUGCUGGAUGUCGCUUCUUUCCUUCCAGACCAUGAGGCCAAUGGAAUCACUGAGGGGAAGGCUGGGAAGCACCAGUUUAAUAACCUUGUAACCCGCACAGACCUGAGUGACCUCAACCAGAAGAACUGGAAGUAUCUGAGUAGCGAGUCAGCUUCUCUGGAGAAGGCGGAGCCAUUUAAAACCUGGGACUGCCCCAGCACAAGUUUUCCAGAGCUACAGCGGAGUGUGGCGCAUGUGCAAAGGAGUUACACUGCUCCAGACAAAACAGGUAUCCGAAUAUACUACAGCCCUCCAGCUGUCAGGAGGAUGGAAAGGAAGGUCAAGGAUCUGAGCGUAAAUGAUACCCAGCUGGGACUCAAGAGGUUCGGUGCAACUAACUCGGACCAAGCGGUACUGCCUCCAGCGACACAAUCUUCAUCUUCACACUUGUCAUCCUCAUAUGAGCAGUGGCUAAGCUCACUAUCCCAGCAGCACAGGGACCUACUGGAGGGCAGGACGGGCAGCUCCGAGGCCCUCCAUACCCUUGAGAUUUCUGCGAAUCUGAGCGACGACAUGAAGGAGAUGACUAAUUGUGUGCGGCAGGCCAUUCGUUCUAGCUCUCUUGAGAGGAAAUGCAGCAAAGAUGCAGGAAGUCAGACUGUGGGCUUCACCAGCACAGGAACACAGACGGCCAAGUUUGUCAGUGUGGGCCUGCAGACAGAGAGUCCGGCCUCCUCAAGCUCCCGAGGGGCAGGAUUUCACGGGAAGGUGUGGUCUCCACGCCCAUCCACCUCACUUACUUCAGCACGAUCACGCCAAAUUUCAUCGUCACUGGAGAAGGUGCACAGCCGCAUUGACCGACCCUGCUGCUCACCAAAAUAUGGCUCACCCAAGCUCACACGAAGGGUCUCUGCUUCAUCCUCAUCCUCCAAGCUGGAGACAUCAUCCACCUCCUCAAGAGACCGCAGCAUGUGGAAUCUGCCAAACCGUAGCAUUGCCCAGAGCGGAUCUGCAUGGGCUCGGUCCACCACGACCCGUGACAGUCCCGUACUCAGUGGCCUCAACGAUGGUCUGUCCAGCCUCUUCAGCGUUGUAGAGCACACUUCCAGCAUGGAGUCACUGUGGAGGGGUGAUACAUGCCCUGGAAGGCAAGCUGCCGGCAAGCCCUCUUGCCCCAGUGUCGGCAUUAGCCUUGGUGACCCUGGCACUCAGAAGUACGGCAUUGUGCAGGAGUUCUUUCAAAACGUAUGUGGACGGACAUUAUCAGGAGAGAAGACUGGAGUCAUAGAUGAGCCCAAGCCUGAAUGUCUCACUGGUGCUCUGAUGGGAACAGACAGUGUCACCAAGAUCGUCAAUAAGAGGUUCAUGAGACAGACACUCCGGGAUGAUGUCGUGGCAGUAGUCAGUGGGAAGGAGUCAAAUGCAAGCGCUAGUAGCCCAGAGGAUUCAUCUUGUGACUGCAAAUCACAGUCCCUCGCCUCUUGUUUCGCUCGCUCCUCCCGCUCCACUGUUCGCCACACCCACAGCCAGUGCAAGCACCGCAUACAGGAGACCGCCUUGGGAAAUGACGAGAGACUGGAUGCCAGCAACGAGUGAUGGAGAAGAGGGCACGGCUUCUAUCACUGCUUUAAGACCAACAUGCAGAUACUGCCUCACACAUAAAUGCACUGCCGGGUAGAAACUUGCAAAUAAACAAACACAAAAAGCCACAGUAGAAUACAUGUCUGGACAUUUCUGAGCCUGCGAUUAGCACAAGGGUUGAUGCCAAGGAAUCUCACCAAUAUUCGCCAGCAUGACCUCCCUUUUAAGGUCACCAUUCUGUAUCCAACCACCUCAACUCCGCGGUCUUAAUGAACUGGUCUUUGGCCAAACAUGAGGGAUCAAUCUUCUGUGAAUAAUAGGGGUUGAUAUGCAGAGGAACAAGUAGAAUGAAAUCAUAGAAUUAAGUUAAAACCUGACAGUGAUUUGUUGUGAAUUAGACUGCUCAAAUCCCAGUUGGAUUUAAUGGAUUUACAAAAUUAGUUUUAAAGAUUUAGAUAAUAAAGCCCUUGAACAGACAUCUACAGCUUUUAUUUUCAUCACAAACAAAAAUGGCUCCGUGGUUUAAAUCUCACAGUUUCGUUCAUCUUGUUGCACUGGGGAGCUUCUUUAAAAGCAUUAUUUUUGUGAUUGCUUUAUUACUGUAAAAUGACGAUAAUAUGUGUGACAGACUGAAAAUGUCUUUUCAGAAAACAUCAUGUUCAUUUCCGUGUUUAUGUUGGACCAUUAGAUUAGAAAAGGCACUGCUUCGCCAGGAUUUUCUACGAUGACAUUUAUAAAAUGGAUGUAGUCGGAAGCUGACGUGACGCGUGUAUCUAACUCCUCAUUGUGCUUACCUGAGAACGUCAUCGUAUAAGACGUCUCUUCUACCCAUCCAUUCAUUCUCACAAACCUUGAGUCCUAGAAUUUGUCAAUCAACAUUAACGUUUAUGAAGCCAUGACAGGAGUUUAUUACUGCCACGUGUACAUGUUAGCCAAAUGUACAUUUUUGGUAUUAGACACACUAUUUUCCAACGUUCAGCUAUGUAUUUACUGUAUAAUUGUCUAAGGUUAGAAUGGUGCUAUACAAAUUGAAAUCUAUCAUAUUUUAUGUGAUUUGAAGAGCAGUGACAUUUCAGCCUUUAGCUGAAUGCGCGUGACUGCAAGUGAUAAAAUAUUUAAUAUUUCGUAUUUAAUAUAGUUGACUGGUAGAUGAUGCAGUCAGCAUUAAACACUGUAUGGGGUGUAGAAUGAGAACCUUGAAAACAUGCAGACUAUAACUCAGAUGUUAUAGGAGCUCUUUCUAUACACCCACACACUUUUGCGCUAUCCCACGACUUAUUCACAUGUACACGUGCACACACACACACACACUCUAAAUGGCAAGCCAUGAUGAUCAGGCUCCUUUGUAUGUGUCAGCCACUUUCUGCCUCAGCUCUUGAAUAAAUAGGGCAUUAAUGCUGAACCACAUUUCUUCACUGCCAUUGAUUAUGGUACUCUCCACAGCGUCAGCCAUAAAAUGUAAUUACCAGUCUGUCAAGACUUCAAUACAGCUCUUGUCUUAUA